CACCUCCUCAAAUAGUCUUUCCUUUCAAUUUUAUGUUUCUCCAGGGACCAGAGGUGCAAACCAGAAUCCACAGGAUUACAGAGUCCGAACCCGUCCUACUCGGCUGCGCCCCAGGGUUAUAUUAGGAUAACAUGGUUGAUAUGUCAUUAUCGACAAGUCAUAGUAGUCAUGACAAUCAAGGGAGUGACGCGAAGACUGCUUUGCACCUGAGGGAUCCGAUGAGAGAAACAAAAUCGUCUUUUGGUUUCUUUUCUGAUUCUGACAUAUUGGUGUGGUUAAAAGGCCUUGCAAUUGACUCUGGAUAUUGUAAAGCAUCCCCAGGUUCAGCUCAACAGUUAUGGAAUCAGAGUCUUGAACUACGGAAACUUUUGCUUCUUGCUAAUGACGUUUCUCCUCGGAGUAAGCGAAAACUUGAUCAGUUCCUAAGAGGUGGUAGAUUCGCAGGCGCUUCAGAAUUGGAAACGAAGAAAUCCGAUGAUCAUGUAAAGAGAAUUUGUAGAGGGCAUUCUGUCUCAUGCUCAACCAAUACAGAUGGCAAGAAUGAAAUUUUCAGACCACAGAUUCUAUGUAGUUCACUCAUGUCUGGAAAUUCGUUGACAAAUGAGGAUGAAUAUCGAGCGAAGCAAUGUUGUCCCGAUUUGACCAUUCUGGAUGAUAUGGAAAAAUACGGUGCUCCCUACAAGGAUAAUUCUGCUUCUCCCCUCAUUGAUGCAGAUGAAUCAGUCCAUGGUUCGAGUACAUUAAGUCUGGAAAAAUCCAACUUCUGUGAUGCAACCACUUUGAAGGUUAAUGAUUCAGUUGACAGUUCAGAUUCUUUCAGUUUAGAUGAGUAUGAUUCAGAACUUGAAAGGGCAUUGAGGUUAUUGGUUUCCAGUGAUGAUGAUCUUCGAAGAUCUGUUACUUCCGCUCACCCUACAACUUCAUUGAGCUCAGAGGAGAGAAAUCAUAAGGCUUGCGAAAUAUUGAGAUGUUUAUUUUCCGAUGGCAAGUAUUUUCGAAGGUCUGUUCCCAUUGGCCGUGAUUUUCAGGCUGAUGUUCCAAAGUGGAUAGGACCAGUCAAUAGGAAUAAGCUUUACAGUGAGGAUGGUGAUUCAAAAGUGUCAAGGUGGUUGGGCACUCUUAUCUGGCCAAUCAAAGGGAGGAAAUGUGGAGGAGCUACCAUAAAAGCAAUUGGGAAAGGGAGACCUGAGUCUUGUUCUUGUGUCUCUCCAGGAUCUGUUGAUUGUGUCAAACACCAUAUUCAUGAAGCACGACUUUGCUUGCAGUCCGAGAUUGGUCCUGCCUUCUGCAGUUGGAAGUUUGACGAAAUGGGAGAAUUUGCCUCGAAGUCAUGGACUUUAAAAGAACAGAGAACUUUUGAAUCUCUUGUGAGAACAAAUCCAAUAUCAAAUGAAGCAAGCUUUUGGAAGCUUGCGUUUAAGCGUUUCCCUAAUAAGCGCAAGAAGAGCAUCGUGAGCUAUUACUAUAAUGUGUUCAUCCCUAGACGUAUGAGCCUUGAGACUAGAUCUUCCCUUGAUGAAAUUGACAGCGAUGAUGACUCGAUAGAGGUAUAGCAGAGAGGCUAUAAUGUAGAGUUAGAGUGGUAGACAUAUUCUGAAGAUAUGAAACUUUUGAUUUUUGAGCAGUUUGAGGUUGAGACUUGUGAAAAUCUAGCUCGACUGCAUUUUUGAAGACUGAUGUUGCCAGACCAGUGGUAAUUU